AUGGGAAGCGGAGAAUUGGGCGGGGUGAUGGAAGGAGGGAGAAUGGGGCGGGGUGCUGGGAAGCGAGAAUUGUGUCCAUCACCCCGCCCCAUUUUCGCGCUUUCCAUCACCCCGCCCCAUUCUCCCGCUUUCCACCACCCCGCCCCGUUCUCCCAUUUUCCAUCACCCCGCCCCGUUCUCCCGCUUUCCAUCACCUCGCCCCGUUCUCCCGCUUUCCAUCACCCCGCCCCGUUCUCUCGCUUUCCAUCACCCCGCCCCAUUCUCCCCCUUUCCAUCACCCCGCCCCAGUCUCCCGCUCUCAAUCACCCCGCCCCAUUCUCCCGUUUUCCAUCAACCCUCCCCAUUCUCCCUCUUUCCAUCACCCCACCCCAUUCUCCCUCUUUCCAUCACCCCGCCCCAUUCUCCCGCUUUCCAUCACCCCGCUCCAUUUUCCCGCUUUCCAUCACCCCGCCCGAUUCUCCCUCUUUCCAUCACCCCUCCCCAUUCUCCCUCUUUCCAUCACCCCGCCCCAUUCACCCUCUUUCCAUCACCCCGCCCUAUUCUCCCUCUUUCCAUCACCCUGCCCCAUUCCCCCUCUUUCCAUCACCCUGCCCUAUUCUCCCUGUUUCCAUCACCCCGCCCCAUUCUCCCUGUUUCCAUCACCCCGCCCCAUUCUCCCACUUUCCAUCACCGUGCCCCAUUCUCCCACUUUCCAUCACCCCGCCCCAUUCUCCCGCUUUCCAUCACCCCGCCCCGUUUUCCCGCUUUCCAUCACCCCGCCCCGUUCUCCUGCUUUCCAUCACCCCGCCCCAUUCUCCCGCUUUCCAUCACCCCGCCCCGUUCUCCCAGUUUCCAUCACCCCGCCCCGUUCUCCCGCUUUCCAUCACCCCGCCCCAUUCUCCAUCGUUUCAUCACCCCGCCCCGUUCUCCCGUUUUCCAUCACCCCGCCCCAUUCUACCCCUUUCCAUCACCCCGCCCCGUUCUCCCGCUCUCAAUCACCCCGCCUCGUUCUCCCCCUUUCCAUCACCCCUCCCCAGUCUCCCUCUUUCCACCACCCCGCCCCGUUCUCCCUCUUUCCAUCACCCCGCCCCAUUCUCUAGCUUUCCAUCACCCCGCCCCAUUCUACCGCUUUCCAUCACCCCGCUCCAUUCUCCCGCUUUCCAUCACCCCGCCCAAUUCUCCCUCUUUCCAUCACCCCUCUCCAUUCUCCCUCUUUCCAUCACCCCGCCCCAUUUUAACGCUUUCCAUCACCCCGCCCCAUUCUCCCUCUUUCCAUCACCCCACCCCAUUCUCCCGCUUUCCAUCACCCCGCUCCAUUCUCCCUGUUUCCAUCACCCCUCCCCAUUCUCCCUCUCCAUAACCCCGCCCCAUUCUCCCGCUUUCCAUCACCCCGCCCCAUUCUCCCGCUUUCCAUCACCCCACCCCAUUCUCCCGCUUUCCAUCACCCCGCCCCAUUCUCCCGCUUUCCAUCACCUCGCCACAUUCUCUCGCUUUCCAUCACCCCGCCCCAUUCUCCCGCUUUCCAUCACCCCGCCCC